UUUGCGGAUAGAGAGAUUUGUUCGAAGUUCGGAGAAAUACGGUGUUAAGGGGGGAAGUACCUUUAGACGUUUCAAAAAAUCGAUUUUUUUUUUAUUGUCUUAACCGAUAGGUAUAUGCUCUAAGAAUAUUAUUGCAAAAUUUCAAAAGCCGAUCUUGAAAAUUAUGGAAGAUAUGCCACUUGAAAGUGGCGCGCGCCGAGCCGACUUUUCGCAUUCUUUACACUAAACUUACAUUCUUAAAAUACUCUUCUCCCUUCCCUUUCUUCUUCACGCAUCUUUUUCGUCAGUUUCUCGGGCUAGUUUCAGUGUUGCCUCGACUCUUGGCGAGUAAAGAUGUAUCCCAAAGGCAAAAAAGACUCCGCGACGCGUAGUUCGAUUUCGAGAAAACGUAAAUUUUAUGGAAAUCGAUUUACGAAAAACGUUAAGGACGAUCCGAAUGCAAGUUCUGCUCGAAAUAAAAUUGCAAGUUCAAGUGCAGAAUCUGUGAUUGUGAAUGUGCUUCACACGUACAGAGUAAUCGAAUUUUUGACAGUUUUUGGCGCGCUCUCGGACAUUCUUAUCUGCGCAAAUUGUAAAAAAGAAGUGAAAUUCGCGGAAUGUGGACAAAGAUGUUUGGGUUUUAAGAUUGUUGUUUCAUGUUCAUGUGGUCGGAGAGAAAUAAAUUCGGGGCCAACUCUAAAUACGGGCUAUGAAAUCAAUAGGAGAAUUGUCUUCGUUUUUCGACUACUGGGCAUAGGUCGACAAGGAAUCAACAUUUUUUGUGGCCUGAUGGAUUUUUGCAAGGGGUUAUCGAAUACCACGUACAAUAGAGUGGCUUUCGAGAGAACCACGAAGGAAGCAGUCCAGCAGGAGAGAAAGAAGAAUGUUGAAAACGGAAUCCACGAAACUCAUUUGAAAGUGUCUGGCGAUGGUUCCUGGAAGAAGCGGGGGUUCACGUCUCUCUAUGGCGUAACAACGCUCAUUGGGCAUUAUACCGGGAAAGUUGUCGAUAUGGUGGUAAGAAGCUCCUAUUGCCAAGCUUGUACUGCGUGGGCUCCGAAGAAGGGCACAGAAGAAUAUGAAGACUGGUAUGAACAACACGAAGAAUUAUGUACGAAAAAUCACGAAGGUUCAGCAGGAAAGAUGGAGGUGGAUGCCAUCAUUGACAUGUUCGAAAGGUCGGAAGAAAUGCACGGGGUAAAGUAUUUAAAUCACUAUUGUUCGACAGACAAAAAGCCCAGACAUGGAAACUGCCCCGCAGGCGAAGACACCUGGUGCGAGUGGCGUAGGGCCGAGGCCACCAAAAGCUUGAAGUCCUACAAGCACUCGCCGCGUCUUAUUCCACCCGACGUUGAGACCAGCAUUCGUCGCAUUUAUGAUGCUCUCUCAACGAAUGAUCUCCUCAAUAGGUGCUUGGGCGGGAAUACACAGAACGCGAACGAGUCAAUCAACGCCACGGUGUGGCGCAUGACUCCAGAACAUCUCAAUUCCGGGAAAAAAAUUAUUGACAUUGCCGCGUACAUCGCUGCCGGAUUGUUUAAUGAAGGCUACAGUUCGAUUUUGAGGCUAAUGGGAUCUCUGGACUGCAUCAUUGGGCAUCAGUGCAAGAUGUUCGCCGAUCAGAUGGACGACGUUAGACUGGCGCGCGCAGACCGACGUCACAGCGACUGCACGAAGGAGGCCGAAAACGAAUAUUUUGAGGAAGCUGAGGGUUUGCUCUAUGAGCCUGGUGGUGCUGAUUAGCGUCCAACUUCGACGGUCGCAAGCAUUCACAUCACCCAGCACCAAGCACAAAGGAAUGCAAUUAACAUAAAAUUAAGUCGCCUUUAAGUCGCGAAUAUUUUCAAAGGAAACGCUUAUAAAUGAAGCUACGCUAAAUAUCCGAUGGUCAAUACAUAAUACAUGUUCAAAGUGUAGUCGACGUUUGCGUUCAUUGUCAAAUAGGUGAGGGAAAUCUCGUGCUUUCGCAAACCAUCUUUCGGCUGCUGUUGGUAAAAAAUCGUAGCUACAAAAUAAAAAAAAAUAUUACCGAAGAGAAAUCUAAACUUUAGUUACCUUUACUGCCGAAAUAGAUUUUCUUAAGUGUGCCAUC